GGGAGCAAAAAGAAACAAGGUGGAGAGACAAGUGAACAUUUUUGGAGGAUCACUCAGCUUCAGCACACCUUGGCUGGGGCUGGAUAAAAAAAGUUUGCUUCUGUGAACCUGCAGAAGCAAACACCAAAGGAAGAAGAGAGGGGGAUCUGGUAAAAGCUGCUCCCAGUUCAGUCAAAAUCGCAGGCCAGCAGGUGGCGAUGGGAUGGAUGUAACCCAGAGAAACAAGCGAGAUGGUGCGGAAGUCACUGAAAGAAUUAUCACUGAAACAGUAACCACAAGGCUGACAUCCUUACCACCAAAAGGAGGGACCAGCAAUGGCUACGCCAAAACCGGCUCUGUUGGUGGAAGCGGCCGGCUGGAGAAGCAAGGCCUGAGCCACGGCAGCGGCAGCUACACGAACUCCAGUGGAAGCCUACGAGGCCACGCCUCCACCUCCAGCUACCGGAGGGCUCACUCUCCCGCCUCCGCCUUGCCCAACUCACCUGGCUCAACCUUUGAGAGGAAAACCCAGACUGCCCGCCAUGGAAUGUAUGAAGGGAGCUCCAGUGGCAACUCUUCCCCGGAGUACCCACGGAAGGAAUUUGCAUCUUCUGCAACCAGAGGACGGAGCCAAACGCGAGAGAGCGAAAUCCGGGUGCGGCUGCAGAGUGCAUCACCAUCCACCCGAUGGACAGAGCUGGAUGAUGUCAAGCGUUUGCUCAAGGGCAGCCGGUCAGCAAGUGCCAGCCCCACCCGGAACUCAUCCAACACACUCCCCAUCCCCAAGAAAGGCACCGUGGAGACCAAGGUUGUGACGGCGAGCUCUCAGUCAGUGUCAGGCACCUACGACACCACCAUCCUGGAUGCCAACCUGCCGUCCCACGUGUGGUCCUCCACCUUGCCUGCAGGGUCCUCUAUGGGGACCUAUCACAACAACAUGACAACCCAGAGCUCCUCCCUCCUCAACACCAAUGCCUACUCGACAGGAUCAGUCUUUGGAGUCCCAAACAACCUGGCGCCCUGCUCCGCAACCUUGCAGCCUGGACUCAGCUCCUGCUCCUCAGUGUUUGGGAUGCAGAACAACCUGGCUCCCAGCUCCACGGCUCUGUCCCAUGGCACAGCCGCCACGUCUACAGCAUACGGUGUGAAGAAAAAUGUGUCCCAGACCCCUGCUGUCGUGAGCACUGGUGUGUCCACCACCUCCACUGCCUGCACCACCAAUGUCCAAAGCGAUGACAGCUUGCACAAGGACUGCAAGUUCCUGAUCCUGGAGAAAGACAACAUGCCCUCCAAGAAGGAGAUGGAGCUGCUGAUCAUGACCAAGGACAGCGGGAAGGUCUUCACUGCCUCCCCAGCCAGCAUUGCUGCGACUUCUUUCUCAGAAGACACUCUGAAAAAAGAAAAGGAAGCUGCCUACACUGCUGACACCUGCCUAAAAGCAGACGCCAAUGGAGAUGUGAAGGCUGGAUCCACCAAGGGCAAGUCUAUCUCCAAAGAAUUCCACGGCUAUGAGCACUUCAGCGGAGGAGGAGGGAGAGGCGGCAGUGGCAGUGCUGGGGGAAUGUGGGGGGCCGCACCCUCCUGGUGCCCCUGUGGCUCCUGCUGCAGCUGGUGGAAGUGGCUGCUGGGGCUGCUGCUCACCUGGCUGCUGCUGCUGGGGCUGCUCUUCGGCCUCAUUGCUCUGGCGGAGGACGUGAAGAAACUGAAAGCCCGUGUGGAUGAGCUUGAGCGGAGCCGGGGCGGCGUGAUUUAUUACGAGGACAAGAUGGACAGAAGCCACAAGGAGCGCCUACAAGGAGCCACGCCCGGAGAGGGCAAGGCAGGAUUCAAUGGUGGCCUUGGCCAGGAGGAGCUCUGGAUGUUCGUGAGGGACAAGCUGCGGCUAGAGCAGGAGAACGGAAACCUCGUAGGAAUCCCUGGCCCUAAAGGAGACAGAGGCCUCCCUGGGACUCCAGGUGUCCCCGGGCUCUUGGGCCACCCCGGUCCAGAAGGACCAAAGGGACAAAAAGGCAGCAUGGGAGAGCCUGGCAUGGAGGGGCCCAUGGGCCAGAGAGGGCGAGAAGGUCCCAUGGGGCCUCGUGGCGAACCAGGGUCUCCUGGGCUUGGAGAGAAAGGACACAGAGGUGAACCAGGUCCUCAGGGACCUCCUGGCGUCCCAGGUUCUGUGGGUCCCAAAGGGUCCAGCGGCUCUCCUGGCCCCCAGGGGCCCCAAGGCUUUGCAGGUCUCCAAGGGCUCCGAGGUGAAGUAGGACUUCCUGGUGCCAAAGGUGACAGAGGACCCAUGGGACCACCAGGACCCAAAGGUGACCAGGGAGAGCAAGGACUCCGAGGCCUCACAGGCGAGCCUGGCACGAAAGGUUCACCUGGGGCUAUGGGCGAGCCUGGAGCUAAGGGACCAGUGGGUCCUGCUGGCCCCAAUGGACUCCAAGGUCCCCGAGGUGAAAAGGGCCCCAUGGGGACGCCUGGGACCCGCGGCCCACCAGGACUUCCCGGAGACCAAGGAAAGCCAGGUCUCACAGGACCCCCAGGACCUCAGGGUGAACCAGGCGCCCCAGGCGUGAUCAUGACUUCAGAAGGCUCCUCCAUGGUCACCGUCCCAGGCCCCCCAGGGCCUCCUGGCGCCGUGGGACCUCCGGGGCCUCCGGGUUCCCCAGGCCCUAGAGGGGAGCCAGGACUUGCUAGUGAGUUGUCUGUGGGCACCGGCACCUCCAUCUCCGAGAUCAUCUCCUCCCAAGGCUUUGACCUACGAGGCCCACCAGGCCCGCCAGGACCCCAGGGACCACCAGGGCCAGCAGUUCCAGGCCCCCCAGGCCCCCGAGGCCCACCAGGGCAAGGCUUGCCAGGCCCUCCAGGUCCCCCGGGAUCUCUCCUGACCGCCUCAGAUGCUGGCUCUCUUGGAUUCAACCUGCAGGGCCCACCAGGCCCACCUGGUCCACAGGGACCCAAAGGUGACAAAGGUGAUCCUGGUGCUCCUGGCGGUCCCUCCCGAGGGGGCUCGCCAAGCACCACAUACACAGCAGGCCCACCUGGCCCGCCCGGGCCCCCCGGGCCUCCAGGCUCCCUCAGAACCUCCGGCCUGGAGAUCCAGCAGUACAUCUCUGAGUACAUGCAGAGUGACAGCAUCAGGGCCUAUCUUUCUGGAGUUCAGGGUCCCCCGGGCCCACCUGGUCCCCCAGGGCCCCUCUCCACCAUCGCUGGAGAGACUUUUGACUACUCAGAGCUGGCCAGGCACGUCGUGAGCUACAUGCGGGCUUCGGGCUAUAGCAUCAGCCGGCUGUCUGGCUCCAUCUCCUCUGAAGACAUCCUGGCUCUGCUGCAGCGGGAAGAUGUUCUCCAGUACCUGCGCCAGUACCUGAUGGGCCCUCGGGGUCCCCCCGGGCCACCAGGAGCCAGUGUCGAUGGGUCCCUCUUGUCGUCUUUGAACUACGCGGAGCUGAGCAAUCGCAUUCUCAGCUACAUGGCGAGUUCUGGCAUCAGCAUCGGGCUUCCUGGCCCACCAGGCCCCCCUGGCCUGCCAGGGACAUCUUAUGAGGAGCUCCUCGCCUUGCUCCGAGGAUCUGAAUACAGAGGCAUUGUUGGCCCCCCAGGGCCUCCAGGGCCCCCUGGCAUCCCGGGCAAUGCGUGGUCCAGCAUCAGUGUGGAGGACCUCUCAUCCUACUUGCACACUGCUGGCUUGUCAUCCAUCGCAGGCCCACCAGGCCCACCGGGUCCCCCAGGGCCUCGAGGGCCCCCGGGGGUCUCAGCAGCUCUGGCAACCUAUGCAGCUGAGAACAAUGACAAUUUCCGGAGUGAGCUGAUUAGCUACCUCACAAGUCCUGAUGUGCGCAGCUUCAUCGUUGGCCCCCCGGGACCUCCAGGGCCACAGGGUCCCCCUGGAGACAGUCGCUUGGUGUCAAGAGAUGGCUCGUACAGUUGGAGUAGCAGCUCUUCUGUCAGACGGGGCUCCUCUUACGGCUCUUCCACGGGCGCCGGAGGAGCCAACGGAGGCUCCUUAGGAGAAGGUGGCGCCUUCGGUGCAGGAGACGGGGGCCCCUAUGGCACUGACAUCGGGGGCUAUGGGACAGCAGCAGAAGGUGGCGUGUAUGGAGGCAAUGGUGGAGAUCUGGAUUACAACGCGCUGGCUGUGCGGGUGUCAGAGAGCUUGCAGCGUCAGGGCCUGCUGCAAAACAUGGCCUACACUGUCCAGGGCCCACCAGGCCAGCCUGGGCCCCAAGGGCCCCCCGGGGUCAGCAAGGUCUUCUCUGCCUACAGCAACGUGACCCAGGACCUCAUGGACUUCUUCCGAACCUAUGGAGCCAUCCCAGGCCCACCUGGGCAGAAGGGGGAUGUGGGCACCCCAGGACCCAAAGGUGACAGGGGACCACGAGGUCAUCCUGGACCACCUGGCUCUCCAGGGCUCAAGGGGGAAAAGGGGGACAAAGGGGACCAAGUCUACAUUAGGCGGAGUAAGAGAAGUGUCGCCAGCAAGCCCUGAGCUGGCCUUGGCAGAGCAGCCCUGGGCCAGCUCCUGCAGUGUGUGUGGGCCUGUACGUCUGUGAGUGUCCUGCUGAGCUGAAGUCACCUGCCACCAUUUAGUCCAAACGGAAGACACAGAAAAUCCAGACUCGCAUCUCCAGCAGGGUCUUGGAGCGGCCCUGAGGAGCAGCUGCAGUGUUUAGGGUGGAACUCGCUUCCCUGCUAUCCAGGCCCGAGCGCCUCGGCUUCUUUAACACUUAGUUUGAACCCCAGCCUAGGAAAGCUAGUUACACAAAGUUGGCUUAGGAGGAGCGGGGCUUUGCCUAAAAGCGAGCCCCAAGAAUGGAAGAUGGGGCUUAGGUGUCUUCCUGGAGGUGACAUGUGAGCGUGCGUCCUGGUUCCUGCUGCAAAGUCGAAUGUCAUCUUUCUCCCCUCACUGUGCAUCCUCAGCCAUGGAGGAACUGGCUAAGAAGUGAUGCUCGCAAGGGAAGGAAUUAACAAAUUCACUUCCUCCCUAAGAGGUGAUAGUGUUUCUAAUAGCUAUACCACUUGCUUAGAAAGUCUGAUUACAGCUUUGAUCUGAAUGCACAGGUCCACGCUAGAGGUCACAGGUACAUUGUCCUAGACUGCAAGAAAUGGGACAGGGGUUGCAGUGGGCAAAGAAGGGGAGAGGAGGGGAAAGGAGGACCUGAUGCUGGGGAAACGCUUCCGCCAUGACGUCACCCUGAGUCUCACUUAGGAAAUGUCUUGGGGGCUGGGCACAGCUGGUGUGUAAGCACUUUUCACUGUCUAAAAAUGUCUAUGUGUGGUCUACAAGAUGAAAAGUCAUUUCAAGUGUAAAAUAUCCAAUUAAAUUGUUUUCUUUUUUAA